CGACAGUAGAAGCUGUGAGCCUCGCGGGUCGCCGUAAUUCCUGACCGAGGUGAGAAUGGCCAGUUGGAUGUGGCUCCGAUGCCUUUUCGGGCCCAAUUUACAUCGUAUCCACCGCUCACCAGACCAGACACGAGCCGACGGCAGAGCGGGGCGCAGGGGCUGGAAUUAUCAGCCCAGAGGUUUGGAAAGACACACGGGCAGCAUCCUCGGCUGGGCAUCUGUGCUGUGGUCUCUGUCAUACUACAGCUCUCCACUGCUGCUCUGCUAUCUCUACAGGAAAGGGUACAUCUGCAGUAGUAAGCUGGUUCCCUUCAGUCAGUAUGUUGGCACAGCGUUGGUCUGUCUGCUGGGAGUGGCCUGUUUGAGAGGGUGGGGACGCUGGAGAAACCCAGAGUACCUUCAGUUCAUCACCGUACUGGAGGAGACCAGGAAGAACAACACGCAAAGCAACAAGAAAAAACUGGCAUGCUUUGACUUUGACUUCAAACACUGGCCUGCCGAUUUCAGCUGGAAUGAAGUUAGUAGUCCGAAGUUGUCAAAAGGUGGUGUAUCCCUGCUGAAACCAGAGCCUAAACACAGAGGAGCAGCAGACAGUGUGCUGAGUUCAGUCCGUACGCUGCCAUGCCACAUCUUAAGUUAUCUGAUAGUUCACUCGUUCGGCCGGAGGAUGCUGUACCCGGGCUCGGUGGGUCUGCUGCAGAAGGCCAUGAGACCCAUGCUACAGCAGGGCCUAGCCAGACUCGUAGAAGAGUAUGAAGGACAGAGGAACAAACUGGUGGCUUGCGAUGGGAAUGAGGUCGACACAAUGUUUGUGGACCGGAGGAGAGAUGGAGGUCCACACAGUAAAACUCUGGUGAUCUGCUGUGAGGGGAACGCAGGGUUCUAUGAAGUCGGCUGCAUGAACACACCAUUGGAAGGUGGAUAUUCAGUGUUGGGCUGGAAUCACCCAGGGUUUGGUGGCAGUACAGGAGUUCCGUUUCCUCAAAACGAGGCCAACGCGAUGGAUGUUGUCAUUCAAUUUGCCGUUCACAAACUGGGUUUCCAGUUGACUGAUAUUGUUGUAUACGCCUGGUCAAUAGGAGGAUUUACAGCAAGCUGGGCUGUGAUGUCAUACCUCGAGAUCCAGGGUCUGGUUCUAGAUGCUUCAUUUGAUGAUCUUUUACCACUUGCUCAGAAGGUCAUGCCAGACAGUUGGAGACCUUUAGUGACCCACACAGUGAGGCAGUAUAUGAACUUAAACAAUGCAGAACAACUUUGCAAGUACCAGGGUCCAGUGUUACUGAUCAGAAGAACCAAAGAUGAAAUCAUCACCACCACGGGUCCAGAGGACAUCAUGUCUAACAGAGGAAACGAUCUGUUGCUCAAACUACUCCAGUACAGGUAUCCUAAGAUCAUGACGGAUGAAUCUGUCAGAGCUGUCAGACACUGGCUUGCAGCUGGGACACAAAUAGAAGACGAAUCCGUGUACACCAGUUAUGAGGUAGAUGAUGACUGGUGCUUAUCUGUGUUGCGCUCCUAUCAGGCAGACAGAGAGACUUUCUUCCCCUGGAGCGUUGGUGAGGACAUGACACUGGAGGGGAGACGACAGCUCGCUCUAUUCUUGGCACGAAAGCAUAUGAGAAACUUUGACACCACACACUGCACUCCACUCCCAAUAUCCGAGUUCAAGCAUCCUUGGAGACCAUGAAGAGAAGACUGUAGAAGUGCUGGAUAACAGAAGUCAAAGGGAAACACGCCUGUACAUUUAAAUUAAGAGGAAAGCAGUGAGACGUCAAUUGCUUGUAUACAUGUGACAGGAUUAGCAGUUUAUUGUUUGAGCACAUUGUUUGAUAGAGAUUUUAAAAUUAUUAGUUGGAUGGUAAUUUAAAGGUUGGAAAUUUCUUGAUGCUCAGGUUUGUCGUCGCGAUUAUUUCAGUGAUGGGACUUGUAUCUCUCUUGACUCUGUUUUUCCGUUUUUAUUUUAUCCUCUAUUUUGUGAGCACUGUUAUUAUUUACAAAAGUAUUGUACAAUGUUCUGAAUGUUAUAUUGCAUAUGAAUAUUAAAUAGGGGAUGCUCUUUA